AUGUCAGAAUUCGACAUAGCUUGUGUACCACCUAGAGCAAUCAAAGGUCAAGUGGUUGCUGACUUGCUUGCUGCUUUCCCAGGCGAAGAUACGACAACGUUACAUGAAGAUGUGCCUAGUGAGUUUCCAGAGAUCUUAGUUAUCAAAGAAGAGACAUGGAUCUUAUACUUUGACGGGUCCGCCACUCCUAGAAACGACAACGGAGGAGCGGGCGUGGUGCUAGUGUCUCCAUCUGGUGAAGUCUUCUCGCAUUCAUUCAAACUGGAUUUUCACUGUACCAAUAAUUCAGCAGAAUAUGAGGCUUUCUUAUUAGGUGUGUCCCUGGCCAAGCAAGCAGGAGCAGCACACCUUGAUAUAAGGGGAGAUUCAAAGCUACUGGUCAAUCAAAUGAAUGGAGCAUAUUCUCUCAAGGAAAUCACGCUCGCACCAUUCAGAACGGAAGCUCAACUGAUCUUAACUCAUUUUGCUGAUGCCACAAUCAUCCAUACUGGACGAACUAACAACAGGCAUGAUGACUUCCUAGCAACUCUCGCUUCCAAGAUGCAAUUCGAAGGAGCAUAG